AUGGGUCGUCGAAAGAUCGAGAUGAAGCUGGUGAGAGACUCAAGCUCAAGGCAAGUCACCUUCACCAAGCGUCGCAAUGGCGUGUUCAAGAAAGCAAACGAGCUCACGACAUUGUGCGGAGCAGAAGUCGCCGUCAUCGCUUUCUCUCCUGGAGGAAAGCCUUUCUCCUACGGCCAACCCGGCGUCGACGCCGUGGCCAAUAGGUUCCUCCGCCGUGGUUCCGUCAGAAGCAAACCGGACAACAUUAACGGUACUGCGAUUGAGAAGCUGAGCCAGGAGCUUAUGAAUCUGAUGAAUGAGAGUGAGGCCGAGAAGAAGAAGGCAGAGAUGCUUGACGAGAGGUUGAAGAAGAUGAACUUGACUUGUUCGGGGAAGCUGCCAUUGGAAGGUCUGAAUAAGGAUCAGCUUCAAAAGCUGAAGAGGUCCUUGGAAGAAAUGAAAGAAGAAGUUCGAGAGAGCGUGAAGCAAUUGGAGGCAUCUUCAGGCUUGAUGCUUCUUGUUCAGAAAGCUGCGGACGAUAAAGAGAGUCAUAGUAAUAAUGCUUGA